AUGCCCAGGCCGGGGAAGAGUUCGUACAGCGACCAGAAGCCGCCCUACUCUUAUAUCUCCCUGACGGCCAUGGCCAUCCAGCACUCGGCCGAGAAGAUGCUGCCCCUGAGCGACAUCUACAAGUUCAUUAUGGAGCGGUUCCCUUACUACCGGGAGCACACCCAGCGUUGGCAGAACUCCCUCCGCCACAACCUCUCCUUCAAUGACUGUUUCAUCAAGAUCCCUCGGCGACCCGACCAGCCGGGCAAAGGCAGCUUCUGGGCGUUGCACCCCGACUGCGGGGACAUGUUUGAGAACGGCAGCUUCCUCCGCCGCCGCAAGCGCUUCAAGGUGCUGCGCCCCGAGCAUCACCUGCCCGGCGGCGGCGGCGGCGGGGCCGGCGGCGGCGGUCCCGGCAAGUCCCCGGCCCCCGCCCCUCACAUGGUGCACUACUUCCAUCCGCACCCGCCGCCGCCGCCUCCCCCGGGCAAGGUGCCGGGGCUGGCGGGCUCCGAAGCGGCUGUGGCUGCGGCCGCGGCAGCCGCCGCGGUGGGAAGGCUGCCGCAGUUCUCGCCCUACGGGAGCAGCCAGCCCUCGGGCUUCAAGCAUCCCUUCGCCAUCGAAAACAUCAUCGGCAGAGAUUACAAGGGCGUGCUGCAGGCCGGCGGGCUGCCGCUGGCCUCGGUGAUGCACCACCUGGGCUACCCGGUGCCCAGCCAGCUCAGCAGCGUGGUGAGCUCCGUGUGGCCGCACGUGGGGGUGAUGGACUCCGUGACCGGUGUACCCGUGUCCCCCGACUACGGGCCCUUCGGCAUGCCCGUGAAGGCGCUCUGCCACCCGCCGGCACAGACCAUGCCAGCCGUCCCGGUGCCCAUCAAACCGGCACCGGCGUUGCCCGCUGCCUCGGCCAUCCCGGCUCUGACGGUCGCCGCCUCUCAGAUCUGCCCCUCCGCUUCCCCGGCUGCUGCAUCACUGCUGGAACAGACCGUGAGCAACAACCCCGAGGGCAAGAGUUCCCUCCACUCAGUCCUGGUGCACUCCUAA